AUGUCCUCCAUGAUAAACGCCGAAGAUGAUCUGAAGCAAUCCUUGAAGUUCCUAUAUCCUCUGUUGAGAAUCAUCGGUGCCUGGCCGAAUCCCAUCUCAGCCUCCUCGUCUUCGAAGAUUUUCGAACGGUUUUUAAUUUUCCUCACUUAUUUCCUCCUGACUCUGCUCCUGGUGCCAGGGAUCCUGCACAUACUCGCGAAAGAAACGAACAGCAGGAGGCAAAUGAAGUUAUUCAUGCCUCAUAUCAACGUUAUAUGUCAAUUGUUUAAGUACACAAUUGUACUGUGUCGAAUGGACGAGUUCAGAAAGAUAAUGAACGAGUUAAAGAAAGAUUGGUUGACCGUCACUGACGAAAAUCGACAGAUUUUCCGCGCCAAGGCCCAGAUCGGGCAUAAGGUGAUGAUAGUGAUCAUGCUGACCAUAUACACCGGGGGUAUUUCUUAUAGGACGAUUCUUCCGCUCUCGGUUGGCAGGAUUGUUUUACCCAAUAACACCACUAUAAGACUAUUACCCUGUCCAAGUUACUUCAUCUUCUUUGACGAACAAGCUACACCGAACUACGAGUUGAUCUUCACUCUGCAAGUUCUCAGCGGUUUCUUCACCUAUACGGUCGUGUGUGGUACAGUGGGAAUUUGCACGAUACUUUGUCUGCAUACCUGUGGUCAGCUGAGCAUCCUGGCGAACAAAAUGACCGAACUCACGAAUCAGGUGGAUAUCAGCGAGGACGCUGUGCAGAAGAAGAUCGUCGACAUCGUCGAGUACAGGACGAAGAUAAAGAAGUUUUUAAAAAGAGUCGAACAGAUAAGUCCAUAUUUAUGUUUCUUCGAGAUUAUCAACGUCACAGGUAUUGCGUGUACGAUUGGAUAUUGCAUAAUCAUGGAAUGGGAAGACAGCAAUGCCACGGCUAUAUUAAUUUACCUUUUGUUGCAAAUGAACUGCGUGUUCAUCAACUUCUCCAUGUGUUACGUUGGUCAACUUCUCAUCGACGAAAGCGAUAAUGUGAAAAAGGUAUCAGCGACGUUUCACUGGUACCGAUUUCCCACGAAGAAGGCUCGCUAUUUGAUCUUGGUGAUCAUUAUGUCGAAUUAUCAAAUGAAGCUUACAGCUGGCAAAGUCGUAGACGUAUCUUUAGCUACUUUUACCGACAUUGUGAAGGCGUCGAUGGGGUAUUUAAACGUGUUAAGGAACACUUUUUAA